AUGUUUCCGGGCAAUAACCCUCAAUUCCCACCAAAUAAUGGCCAACAAACGGCUGCAAAUAAUCUGAACAAUGUGGCUGCGGCGCUUUAUCUUCACCCGUCGUUGGGUUUAUCAUCACAAGCUUAUUCGCAACUCUAUCAACAAGUAAAUUUGCUCAAAUUUUUGUGA